AUGGGCUCCAUCGAGCCAUCCACACAGCCGCCGCAAUUCCUCGUCAUUGGAGCUGGCUCCCGGGGCCAUGCAUAUGCCCGUGCUGUCGAAGCGUCGACAUCAGGCACCAUUGCGGCUGUGGCAGAGAUAGAUCCGUUCAAGCGUCAAGAGUUUGGAAGACGUUACAUAUGGGGAAGAGAUGGACAGCCUAAAGAUUCCCAGUCUUUCGGCCGGUGGGAAGAAUGGGUUGCGUGGGAGAAGAGACGUAGAGAGGACGCAGACAAAGCUGGAGGUCCCGAGCCUGGCUAUCUCCCUAUAACUGGUGUCUUCAUAUGCACCAUGGAUGAGACUCAUGCGCCUAUAGUCCGUGCCAUUGCGCCUCUGAACCUCCACAUCCUGUGUGAGAAGCCGUUGGCGUUAUCGCUGUCGGACUGUCUCUCUAUCUCCUCAGCCUUGUCGAAAUAUCCCCCAAAGGUGGUCUCAAUCGGACAUGUGCUACAUUACUCACCGCACAAUAUCCUUCUGCGCAAGCUGUUGACCGCGGACCAGGUCAUCGGUGAGAUCGUUUCCAUUGAACACACCGAGCCAGUCGGCUGGUGGCAUUUCUCUCACUCUUACGUUCGCGGCAACUGGCGCCGCUCAACCCCAGAAGGCGUUGGUUCUCUUCUCACGAAGUCUGGCCAUGACAUCGACUUUAUUCUCUGGUUGCUCUGUUCACCCAGUGCUCUCACUGGAACAAAACCCCACCUCCCCUCUACAAUCUCCAGUAAUGGAGCCAUUACGCAUUUCCGCCCAGCAAGAAAGCCGCAGGCUGCAGGUGUGGCAACUAACUGCCUCUCCUGCCCUGCUGAACCAAAUUGCAUCUACUCUGCGAAGAAAAUCUACCGCAAUCGGUGGCUUCGGCAGGAGAAAGAUACAGGUUGGCCUCUCAAAAUUGUGCUGCCCGAGAUUGAAGACAUUGUGUCGACAAAAGGCUGGAAUGCGGCAGAGGAGCAAUUGAUGAAAAAGCUGGGUGAGGACUACGACAAAGCCACUACGCCCGACGAUGUCAUUGCAAGUCGGAGCUGGUAUGGUCGCUGCGUGUACGAAUCAGACAAUGAUGUGGUUGAUGACCAGAUCGUGACAAUGGAUUGGGAAGAAGACCCUCUGCACGGCCAGGCCAUCGGUCGCGGACCAAAGAGGGCGCUCUUCCAUAUGACCUAUCCAACUCAGGCACAAUGCGAACGGCGAGGGUGGGUAUAUGGUACGCUGGGUGAAAUCAGCUACGAUUCCCACAAAAUCACCGUGCACACAUUUGCCGAUGGGAAAACGAUUGUGCAUGAUAUUCCAAAACAGGCACCAGAGGUGGAGAAGAGCCACGGCGGCGGCGACUGGGGCCUGGCUGGUGCGUUUGUGCAAGCUGUUGAGAACGUCAAUGCUGGAACAAUGGAUGUUGGCCAGGCACAAAGAGAACUGGUGGGUUGCGAUCUGGAAGAGAUCAUAUUGAGCCACGCGGUCGUGUUUGCGGCUGAAGAAGCAAGGAGGGAAAAGAAGGUUGUCAACUGGGCCGAGUGGUGGGCAAAGAACGGUUCGCUCGCUCAGUAA